UCUGCAGGCAGGCUGGACCCACCUUGGCUCAAGCCUAGUCAUUGGCUGCUUAUUAGAAUAAAUUGAGAACAAUGCAUACCACUGGCUGCCAAUUGUAAACAUAAGGGAUAUGUAGUCACUUAGCUUUGACUUUUGGGAGGGGCCAAGGAAAGUCUGUAAGUUGUAUUGAAUAGGGCUGUGUGUUAGGCUGCUGGUGUACCUUUCUUGCUGUGCUCCUGCCUAAACAGCCAGUUAUUCGUUUCCUUCCUACUAGUUGAAAACUUUUCAGCUGCAGAGUGAUCACCCACAGUGCUCCAGGGACAUCAUUCCAAAUUCAUUCCUUAGCGCUCAGCGGCUGGUGUGUGAUUGACAGGCCCAGAAGCGUGCAUCUGAUUGCUUUCAUAUUCUGAUCUGUUUGGAGUUUCGAAAGCUUGAACACGCACCAUGGAUGACUUUGAACGCCGCAGAGAACUCAGGAGGCAAAAGCGUGAAGAAAUGCGCCUUGAAGCGGAGAGACUAGCCUAUCAAAGAAAUGAUGAUGAUGAGGAAGAAGCCGCCAGAGAACGCCGUCGACGGGCUCGACAGGAGAGGCUGCGGCAAAAGGAAGAUGAUGAUCUAACAGGACAAGUGACAGAGAAAUCAGAAGUUAAUGCCCAGAACAGUGUGGCAGAAGAGGAGACCAAACGUUCUACAACAACACUAACAAACACUCAAGGGGAAGGGGAAGAUGAUGCUGCAUUCUUGGAGAGAUUGGCAAAAAGGGAGGAAAGACGCCAAAAGCGUCUCCAGGAAACCCUGGACCGUCAAAAGGAGUUUGACCCAACAGUCACAGACGAGGGCUUGUCACUACCAAGCGGGAGAGAGAUAAACAAUGUGGAAGAAAAUGAGACCAUGGGGAAAGAGGAAAAGAUUGAAACCCGCCGAGGACGUUACGAGAUAGAUGAAGUCGAAACUGUCACUACAUCGUACCAGAGGAACAACUGGAGGCAAGAUGAAGAAGAAGAAGAAAAGAAAGAAGAAAAAGAUAAGGAGGAGGUGCAGGAGGAAAAGCCAGAGCAGAGAACCAUAGAGGAAAAUCAGGUAGAAGUAACAAUAGAAAAGAAAACAAUAGACAAAGAAGAGGGACCGGUGGUAUUAGAAGUAAAAACCCUAGAUGUCAAUGUAGAGGAACACAAAGCAGAGAAUGAUAUGGAUCAUGAGAAGCUUAGGAAUGAAGAAGAGGAAAAGGCUGAGGAAGAAAAGAAGAGAACAGAGGAAAGGGAAAGGCUUGAGGCAGAAGAGAGGGAGAGGGUUAAGGCAGAGGAACAAAAAAAAGCUGAAGAAGAAAGAGCGAGAAUUGAGGCAGAAGAGAAAAGAGCAGCCCAGGAAAAAGAAAGGAUUGAGGCAGAAGAGAGGGAGAGGAUUCAGGCAGAGGAGGAGAAGAGAGCAGCUGAAGAAAGGGAGAGGGCAAAGGCAGAGGAGGAGAAGAGAGCAGCUGAAGAAAGGGAGAGGGCAAAGGCAGAAGAGGAGAAGAAGAAAGCAGAAGAAAGGGAGAGGGCUAAGGCAGAGGAGAAGAAGAAAGCAGAAGAAAGGGAGAGGGCUAAGGCAGAGGAGGAGAAGAAGAAAGCAGAAGAAAGGGAGAGGGCAAAGGCAGAGGAGAAGAAGAAAGCAGAAGAAAGGGAGAGGGCAAAGGCAGAGGAGAAGAAGAAAGCAGAAGAAAGGGAGAGGGCAAAGGCAGAGGAGAAGAAGAGAGCAGCUGAAGAAAAGGCUAAGCUAGAAGAGGAGAAAUUAAAGGCAAAACAAAAGGUAGAAGAGAAAAAAAUGGAAGACAAAAAAGUAGAAGAUAAACAGGUAAAAGAGAAGAAAAUAGAAGAAAAACAGGUAAAAGAGAAGAAGGUGCAAGAGGAAAAACCUCAAACAGUCUCCCUAAGAAAACAGGGGGAAGAAAAAGAGGUUAAAGUGGAAGCUAAAAAAGAAAAGUUACCAGACGAGAAACUUCAACCCACCUUCAAAAAACAGCAGAUCAAAGACGACAAGGCUAAUAAGGACAAAGCACCUAAGGAGGAGGUGAAGCCUAUCUGGGAUCGUAAGAAGGGAUUUCCUGAACCAAAGCCACAGAACGGAGAGCGUUUCCAGGAACUUACUACUCACAAACUUAAACAUACUGAGAAUAUUUUUAGCCGCUCCGGCAUGAAAGCAACUACAAAUGCUGAGGAUGGUAAGCUGGUGUCCCAGGCUGAAGCCGGCAAACGACUAGAGGAGCUGCGCCGUCGCCGAGGUGAAAAUGAGAGCGAGGAGUUUGAGAAGUUGAAGGAGAAGCAACAGGAGGCAGCUGUGGAGCUGGAGGAACUGAAGAAAAAGCGUGAGGAGCGUCGGAAGAUCCUUGAGGAAGAGGAACAGAGGAGGAAGCAGGAGGAGGCUGAGAGAAAAGCCAGAGAGGAGGAGGAGAAGAGGAGGCUGAAAGAAGACAUUGAGCGGAGAAGGGCUGAAGCUGCUGAAAAACGUCAGAAGAUGCCAGAAGAUGGUUUGUCAGAUGACAAGAAGCCGUUUAAGUGUUUCACUCCCAAGGGUUCAUCUCUCAAGAUAGAAGAACGAGCAGAGUUUUUGAACAAAUCCGCUCAGAAGAGUGGUGCUAAACCCACUCACUCUGCAGCAAUUGUCUCCAAGAUUGACAGCAGACUUGAGCAAUACACUAGUGCAAUUGAGGGCACAAAAACUGCAAAACCUGCUAAACCAGCACCCUCUGACCUUCCAGUCCCAGCUGAGGGUGUCCGUAAUAUCAAAAGCAUGUGGGAGAAAGGGAAUGUUUUCUCAUCACCAUCUGGGCCAGGGACACCAAAUAAGGAAACAGCUGGACUGAAGGUUGGUGUGUCCAGUCGUAUCAACGAAUGGUUAACGAAGACCCCAGACACCAACAAAUCACCUGCUCCAAAACCUUCUGAUUUAAGACCAGGAGAUGUAUCCAACAAACGUAAUCUCUGGGAGAAGCAGUCAAAUGAAAAGGCAACCUCUCCUUCUAAGGUAACAGCUAUGGGGAAAAAGUCAGAGACUAAUGCAGGUUUGAGACAAUUUGAGAAAGAACCAUAGGAGGCUACUAAAGAUGCUGGACCAACUCAUUUUGAAAGUGCUAAAUUGUCCUUUUUAUAUUUAUGUUUAUUUACCAAAACGUCUUUUUGCAUUAUCCCAGUUAAAACCAUGUAUAUUAGCACUGUAUUUAAUAAUCAGUCUAGAUAUUCAUCAUAAUAGUACUGCCUUUGCACAAGAGCCUUUAUUCCUAAAGAAACCCAUGCUGUGAAAUAUUCUCCUACUGAUAGUCAUGACUAUGUGUCUGAACAGUGAUUUCAACUGGCAUAAGAGGUCAACCCCCAAAUGCAUGCAAAGUUGAAUUACUUAAGAAAAGUGUGCAGUAAACCCAUAAAAACAGUGGUUACUUUUGGAAUACAGAAGUCUUUUUCUGCACUUUAGACUAAGGCAUGGAAAAAAAUCUUUAGUUGACAAUGUAAUAUUUUCUGUAAGUUGCCCAUGUCAUAAAUACUGCAUCAAUAACUUGUUUAAAUUUAUUGUUUUAUACUUUUAAGUAUCAAUUUUUUCAUUCUAGUUUAAGUUAAUACCUUAAUUUGGAUGAUUGUUAGCUGACAGCGGUACUGAUACUCUAUUUUUGUUAGUGAUUAGUAAUUGAUUGCAAUAUAUACACAUAGCUUUACAAAGUUUAGCUUUAAGGCACUACUAAUGGUAGAAUGCUUUAAUACAUGCUAGAGUAUUAUAUUUAGUAAUGAAUGCACAUAAUUAGCCGGUAUCACAGCUUUUUAAAAAGUCACACACUUUUCUAUAGUAAGAUUUCAUAAUUUUGCCAUUAGAGGUAUGGCAAGAUGAGUAUUAAAUUUUUUUAAAAUGUAAGAUGCCCAGUCAUGGGUAAUUAAAAAGAAAACUAUAGUUUUAAAGAGGGGAAAAUAAGGGUAUAGAGGAUCAAAAGUAGGUCACUUGUAUAAAACAUCGUAGUUUAAUUUAUGUAAAACUACCAUCAUUAAAAAUUUAACACAGUUGGAGCUUAAAUGACUGUACACUAAAUCUUGCCAUUCAUCAGUGCCGUAUAUUAAGUCCACCUAACUACUCAAAGUGAAGUAAGCCUCUAAUUAUGGUGUUUAACUAUCUCCCAAAGCUCUUAUUUACAGAUGUGGUGUUUGAUUUGUAUAUAGUAAACACAAUGCUAUAAGUCAGCUUGGUUUGAAUUUACAUGCCAUAAGGUUUAGCAUUUACAUCCUACAGUAUAUGGGUGGAAUAAACUAGUUAACUGAAGUAGCCCUAAAAUGCUUAACAGCUUUCUGCAUUGGAACUACAGAGAACUCCUCCUUCAUCACUACUUUUAUUUGUAGCAUGUUUUUUGUAGCAGCUGACUUUUUUUAAUUAGAGGGGAGAACAUAAUAUUUCAAUCCAAAGAUGAUCUCCCCUGCUUAGCUGAAACAUCUUGUUUACAUAUUGAGAUGCACUUGGCUAUCUGUAGGGGGCGAAACUGUGCAAACAAUGGCUGGCAUUGUUUCUGAAUUGUCAUGUUUUUUGUCUUGGGUUUUUGUAAACACUUUUCUCUGAAUCUUUCAAAUACAUUUGAUAGCUGCAAUAAAAAUGACUUGUUCAAACAAUAUACUCUGAAACUGCACCAAUAAUAAAUGGAAUAUUUCCAUCAACA